GUUCACAAAUCCAAAUCGCAAAACGAUUAAAAGACCCAAUUUUUAAUUCAUCUAUUUUCCAUCUCUUUCGUUUCACAGGCUUCACUCUAGCAGAGAAGAAAGCUAUGGGGUCGGUUUCACUGAAAAUUGGAGAUGGAACAGCAAGAUUCAAGAGAGCAACACUUUUUUCUUCAGCUGUCAACAUUCUCAUGCUUUUCUCCGUCAUCACCACCAAUCUCUUCGCUCUAUACGCCUUCAAUUACUCCCCAAACCACCACUUGAACAAUCCAUUUCACCACCCUCAUAAAAACAUCUCCUUGAUCUCUCAACAAGUCACUCUGAUCAUAAAAGAGAUCGAUUCUUCCCAGAGGAAGCUCGCCCAGAUGGAGAAAGAGCUCCUUGGUUAUGAAACUCUCGAUCUUUCAAGACCCAAUCUUGCUGCCGAGCUCAAGCUGUUCUUGCAACACCAUCGGCUUCCCCUGGGGAAGGAUUCGAGAACCGGGAUCACCGAGAUGGUGGCUUCCGUGGGACAUUCUUGCGAGAAAUCCGCUGAUUUGUUGACCCAGUACAUGAGUUACAAGGUUUCCGGUCCUUGUCCCGAUGACUGGAGUCUUGCUCAGAAGCUAAUCUUGAAAGGGUGUGAACCUUUGCCUAGAAGGAGAUGCUUUGCCAAGACUGUUCCUAAACCAGGUCUCUCUUUUUUACCUGCUUCUCUUUGGAAACCUGUUAAUGAGAAGAUUGUUACUUGGAGUGGCCUAGGUUGCAAGAAUUUUAACUGUUUGAAUAGUAAGAAAUUGAGUACAGAUUGUGUUGGUUGCUUUGAUUUGGUUAAUGGAUUCGAGAAUCAAAGAUAUGUUAAGGCUAGAAGCAAGAUUGAUUUUACCAUGGAUGAUGUUUUAGCUAUGGGGAAUGGUGGGAUACGGAUCGGAUUCGAUAUCGGAGGCGGGUCUGGGACUUUUGCUGCUCGAAUGGCCGAGAGGAACGUCACAGUCAUUACUAACGCCUUGAAUCUCGAUGCACCUUACUGCGAAUUCAUUGCUGCUAGAGGACUUUUUCCUUUGUCCUUGAGCUUGGACCAUAGGUUCCCUUUCUAUGAUAAUGUGUUUGAUUUGGUUCAUUCCACGAGUGGAUUAGACGUUGGAGGUAUACCGGAGAAAUUGGAGUUUUUGAUGUUUGAUGUAGACCGCGUUCUAAGGGCCGGCGGCUUGUUUUGGUUAGAUAACUUUUAUUGUUCUGAUGAUGAAAAGAAGAGAGCUUUAACUCGUUUGAUCGAAAGAUUUGGGUACAAGAAGCUCAAAUGGGUUGUAGGAGAGAGACCAGAUGCAGCGGGAUCCGGAAAACCUGAAAUUUACCUGUCUGCUGUUUUACAAAAGCCGGUGAGAAUCUGAUGAUCAAAGAGAUUUCCCAGGAAACUGAUGGAUGCUAGAAAAAUAUAGUUCAAAUUUCUACCUUUAUCCACAUAAAAUUUGUGCAAAUUUAUCAGAUUUCUAAGGUGGAAUAAAUGCUACAAAAUGGUGAAGGGUGGCCUAUAUCUUCUGUAAUCUAAAGCCCUUUUUUACCCCUUGAAUCUCUCAGCAUUUUACCUCAUGUUGGUUAUUUGAAGCAAAGAACUGUUACAAGCAAUUCUUGAAGUUUUAAGGUCAUAUUUGAUAUUUCAUUGUACUUC